AUGGCAGUCAAUAAAAUAGCUAACGUCAUUAAUGCCGAGUCAAAAAUGCUGCGCUAUCGACGCGUGCGUUUCCAUAGAACUAAGGAUGCCUGGCAAACCCUUGAAGAAAGACCUUACAGACCAAUGAGAGGUGAUCUGCAUUAUCACGCCAAGAGACACAUGUUGCCUCGUGAGGUUGAAGCUAAGAGGCGGUCAACCUCACAAAGGCCGAAAGAAUUACGAAAAAAGCCAUCAGGUCAUCUGAAACCGUUAAAUGAAGAUGAUAUGGAAAACGAUGAAGUCGUUUCUGUAGCGGUAGGUCCACCAGCGAUUAGACCUAAAUAUGAUAAGAUGCAGAAAUACUUACUGAAAACAGCCCCAUCUGCAAAUAAUGUUGUAGAAAAUACAGCCGGUACCAACCUGGUAAAAAAUGUCUUAACACAGUUAGGAAGAGAAUUUCUUACUCAUCAAGUGAGUGAAGACUUUGUUUUUGGACAAUAUGUUGGAAAUAGCAUGCGAAAUCUCACGAGUGAGCUAAAAUUAAAAAUGCAACAUGAAAUUUUGGAGCUCAUAGUGAAAUACCAGAAUGGCAAGAAAGCUGAAAAGACACCUUCAACUACAUCAACGCCACAGCCCGAAGACAAGCUAAGCAACACGAUUUUCAAAGACGUAAAAGAAAUGAAGGAUAUUAAGGAAAAUGAUAAGAAAAGUGAAACAGACGAAGGAUGGCCGGAUUUCAGUAAUUUAGCUAAAAUUGUUGGGAAAUAA